CACCAACAGGGCAAUCUAUGGACUGACCAUCAAUUACCUAUUUCCCUAGGAAGACCCUUUAUUGCAAGUGCUAUAAGUUCCAAUUUAAGUCAGUUGUCCGAUUAAUCCGACCCAAUAACCAUGCCUGUUUUCCAAACAAAGCGGUUCAGGCCGUCGACAUCCGCAGGUUCAACCCUCGGCGACCGGAUCGGCCAAAUGUACCGAGCACAUUUAUCCAAGCACCCAUUUUUACUAUUUGGUCUUCCGUUCCUUAGUCUGAUGGUUGCCGGCUCUUUUGUUUUGACUCCUGCAACUGCUCUACGGUACGAGCGGCAUGACCGGAAGGUCCAGCAAGUCAGCCAGCAAGAAGCAUUGGCUCUUGGGAUCAAGGGCCCCGACGGUGAUGGGGAGAAUGAUAUUAAAAUGAAUCCACGGAGAAGAGUUUUGGGCAGUGAAAAAGAAGAAUAUUACAGACUAAUGGCGAAAGAUUUGGAUAAUUGGGAGCAAAAGCGAGUGCAGCGAUGGAAGGGAGAACCCGAUGGUAGGCUCAGUUAAUUGAAGAGCGAACUCGAAUACCAGAUUCCGCCACUCCUCUCACUACCGCUCCACACGACCCGGAACAUUUAGGGCGAUUAUAACAACUGCUUGCUUUGUCAAUUGCCAUAAUUGUGGAGAUGGGCGAAGGAUCCCGUGAGAAACUCAGCAAGGCUGUUUCUUCCAAGGGCGUCAAAGCUCUUGCGGCCCGGUGCAACAAUAUCCGAAGCCACGCGACACCACAGCCGUUGCAAUUGCGUCAGCUGAGAGCAGCUUAUCUCUCUUUGCAAGCACCUCGGAAUUUGGCAGUUCCCUGUUCGAAGCGGGCAUGAUCAACGAGAAUAAAUCAGGGCUAGUAGGUUUCUCUUGGCAGGAUUGAAUUCCUUGGAAUGAAGAUUUGUUGGUGUGUAUGAUAUGCGGUACCUGCCUACGCUCAAGAUGCAUGUAUGUACCUGAUCUGCUGUAUAUUGCAAGACCAAAUCGAUAAUCUCAAAAUCUAGACAGGCGCCUUUGAAGCUAGCCGGGGUAAGGUUGUAGAGAGAAGGUUAGUUCUGAAACCAACCUCACAGUAUCGUUCUGGCCGCCUCUUCUCCUCCUGCAAACAAGUUCUGGCUCUCGAAGGCGAUAGGGACGGGGUGUUUGUUGCGUGGUUAGACGGCGAGACCUUUUAGGCUUUCACCCCUGGCAGCCGCGCCAAGUGACCAGGUUGAUUGCUCAUACCUGCGAAUGAGACAGAAAUGCAUAUAAUUUCCUCCU